GCACAGCGCCCUCUCUCGGACCUCAGGCUGACAUGCAGGCGAUUCCUGCAGAGGCAGAGCACCGGUAACUGAGUGUCGUUUGCAGCCUGACGGUUGCCCCUCGUUUGGUCAUUCGCCGGUCCGACAUCCACAAAGUGGGGUAGGCCAUGGUCGGUGGACAGAAUCGCAAGAGCAGCAGUCCACCUGCACCAUUAAAAGCUCCGGGCUCGCCCAGCAGCCAUGUCUCGGUCUCGACGUCUCCCCACUGUGCCACCACACAUCCCCGCCCUGCUCUCGCGACCCACACAGCUGUCGGCAUCUUGGUCGUCGCACUUGCGCUAGUCUCCCAGUUCUUCUUCACCCCCCACUUCCCUCGCAGCCUCCUAGACCACCUCGCACGAGACCACCCGCCUGUGCUCUCCGACGAGUCGCUCACCUGCCCGACGCCCACGCAGCACGUCGAGUUUGCCGGCACCUUCUACACCCACCCCGAACGCAGCAUGGCACUCGCAGACCAGGCCAGGCGCGUCGCCGCCGAGUUCGACUUCAGCACCGAUGCCGUGAACAAGGCCGUCAGCGAGUUCAUCCGGGAGAUGGACGAGGGCCUGGUGAAGGAGGGCACUGAGCUGAGCCAGAUCCCGACCUACGUCACCGCGGUCCCCAAUGGCACCGAGAAGGGGCUCUACAUGGCCGUCGACCUGGGCGGCACAAACUUCCGCGUGUGCUCGAUCCAAUUGCACGGCGACACCACCUUCUCCCUCACCCAGUCAAAGGUCGCCAUACCUCGCGAGCUCAUGGUAGCCAAGACGUCCAAGGAGCUCUUCGCCUUCCUCGCCAAGCAGAUCGAGCACUUCCUCAAGGCCCACCACGAGGACCACUACGCUGGGACACUGAAACGCAGGCAGACUGGAGGUGCCGCCGAGGAGAUUUUCAACCUUGGCUUCACGUUCUCGUUCCCGGUGCAGCAAAUUGGCAUCAACAAGGGCAUGCUCAUGCGCUGGACGAAAGGCUUCGACAUCCAGGAUGCCAUCGGCAAGGACGUCUGCGCCCUGUUGCAGACUGAGAUUGACGAGCUGCAUCUCCCCGUCAAGGUGGCUGCUCUGGUCAACGAUACCGUAGGGACCCUCAUGGCGCGCUCAUACACGUCGCCUGGCAAGACCGGCACUCUGCUCGGCGCCAUCUUCGGCACAGGCACCAACGGCGCCUACGUGGAGAAGCUGGACAAGGUCACCAAGCUCACAAAGAGCAAGGACGCUGGCGAGUUUGACAAGUCGACCGGCGAGAUGAUUGUCAACACCGAAUGGGGCUCGUUCGACAACUCCCUGCGCACCCUCCCCAACAGCCCCUACGACAUCGAACUCGACGAAAAGUCUGUCAACCCUGGCAUCCAGAUGUUCGAGAAGCGCGUGUCGGGCAUGUUCCUCGGCGAACUUCUGCGCCUCGCCCUGGUCAAACUCGUCAAAGACCCCAAAGUCCCGCUCUUCCAAGACGACAACUCGGCCUCCAACGACGUCCACAGCACCACACAAAUUCAAGAUGGCAGCCCAAUCUGGAAGCAAUGGGGCAUUGACACUAGCUUCCUGAGCACCUGUGCAGGCGACAGCAGCCCUGGCUACCGCAUGCUGAGGCAGACGCUGGACAAGGAAUACGACAUCUCGGCCGUCAGCGCCGAAGACGCCGAAGCCGUGCGCGAGAUCGCCGGCGCCAUCGGCCGUCGCGCCGCGCGCCUCUCCGCCGUCGCCAUCGCCGCCAUCGUCAUCAACACGGGCCGCCUGGACAAGAGCACACCCGGCACCGCGACGACGGAGCAGAAAUCCGGCAUCGACCCUCCCCGCGGGAACGUCGACGUCGCCGAGGAAGACAUCAUCGACGUUGGUGUCGACGGCAGUCUGGUCGAGUUCUACCCCGACUUCGAGGACCAUAUUCGUCAGGCCUUUAGGGAGAUGCCGCAGAUUGGCGAGCGGGGAGAGAAGAGGAUCAGGAUUGGUAUUGCGAAGGAUGGGUCUGGUGUUGGUGCUGCGUUGAUCGCGCUGGUUGCUGGGAAGGUGGCGGCGCCUACUGAGGAGGAUUAGAUGGGUUGGUGUUGGGGUGUUGAGGGGAUUUGCGAUCUUGAGCCAUAUAUGAUGGAGAUGAUGGAUAUGAGAGAUGAACUGUACUUGUCAUGGUGUGUGUACAUACAAGACCUGUCAUCCCAGAAGUGGGAACUACAAUAUAAAAGCAUAUUCUUGUUAUGGCA